AUGGAUACAAAGAUAUUACACGCCAACAACAAUAUUUUGAUUUCAAAUAAUAAUGCCAAUGUAAUUGGUAGUAAUGGUACAAAGAGAAAAUCAUCGACACCAAGCAUGCCAGUAAAUAUGGUCCAUUAUUCCAACGGUAACAGCAUCAACGGCAGUGGAGUUCACAUUGGAAACGGAAACAACAGUGCGUUUGGCGCUUUCACCACGACACAACAACAGCAGAUGAUGACCAUCAGCAAGGGUGCUUGUUCAAAGUGUGGCGGAAAAAGAAAACACUCCAAAGCCUGCAUAUACAGAAAGAAAGAGGAUGACGACGAUUUACUUUCUCCAAUAUCAUCAUCACAAAAAGAUGUCAUCCAAAGACUCGACGUCUCUGCGCUCAAGAGAUAUAAAAAACACUAUAGAUUAAAAACCAAACAUAAUUCAACUAAAGAUGAGUUGGCAUCUGCAGUAAGAUUGCAUUUCGACGGACUGCCAGUGAACGAAGGUGAAAUUAUAGAGAAUUUUAUGUCCGCUGCAGGUAGUACUACUGCCACCUCGACCAACAAUUCAAGUGUUAUCGAUAACAUCCUUUCGAGUUCCAAUCCAACCAACGAGAAAGAGCAACGUAGAAAACUGAGAGAAGAAAGAAAGCAAUUAAAGUUGGAGGAGAAACAAAAGAAAUUGGAGGAGAAGGUCGAUAAGUUACUCAAGAAGAGAUUGACUCCAAAGAGACCGGUAUCCUCUUUCAAUUUGUUUAUAAAGGAGAACAUUGUUGCUCGCGGUGGUAUGCGUGAAGCCGUCAAGUUUUGGAAUCACUUGGAGGCAGACAAGAAGUCAGAGUACGAAAGACGUGCACGUGAGAUGACAAAGGAGGCCGAGCAGAGCAAUCAGCAAGUAUUACAACCACCAAAGCGUCCUCUCAGUGCAUUCCAGAGAUAUGCCAAGUACAUGGAUGGUAAACAGACCGCUGGUCAGUGGAAACUUCUCAGUGACCUCGAAAAGAAAGACUUUCUGGAGGGUGCCAAACAAGAUGAAAUCGAAUACAAACAAAAGUUGGAUGAAUACGAAACAUAUGUUGGUAGAAUCAAAGAUGAAAUUAGAGUAUCAUUAGAUAGUCCAUCACAUACUCAAUAA